AUGGAAACGGAGCAAGCUACCCCGGUACCACUUCCAGUGGUUGUGGCCUCCUCGGGUUCCACAGAUUCGUCCUAUUCAUCUGAAGCUCGGUACACUCGCCGUGCUCGUCGUCGGCGAUCCUACCGCAGCGAUGAUGACUCGUUAGCUAGCCCACGAAAUACCGUCGUUGAUCUAGUGAAGAUCCGACGACGUCGAGAUGCAAAACCAGACCUUCAGUCAGUUGAGCCAGCCAUCAUGUGGAAUACCAAAGUCUUCUAUCCGCGCCGGGGAAGAGAGUUCGGCGAUGAAGAAGACAUGGAUGCUUAUAUGCCUGAUCUGAGGUACAUCGACGAUCGACCUAUCGAGUUUUCCCUGGGCGUAGGCUCCACCCAGGUACCAGCAGACACCAAGCAGACCGCGUCAGAACCCGCGGAGUGGAAGGGCCCUGUCAUCACCAUUGAGGUUCUUGUUGAGGUAAGGAGAGCGCGAUUCAGGUCAUCGGGAAUUCUGGACGCGCCCCGUCCUGAAAUGCUGAAUCCGAAGCGUGUUUCUAAACGUUACCUCGUGGUGCACUCUCCGAUGCUUGCGGAGGCAAUCAAUGACAUGGUGGACUACUACCCCUCGUUGAAUUACAGUUGGCCCGGUCAAACAACGGGAAAUACGUUAAGAAUUCCAGAGCCCUUUGCCGUUCUGUUGCACCAUUUUGACUCCAUCGAAACAAUGGCCGACAGGACUUCCGCGGGAACGAUUUGCAAGAGUGAGCAUCACGGUAACGCUCAACGAAUUGACCAGCUGAAGAAACAUGCCCAACAUCUGCUGGAUUUUAUUCGCCCCAUCUACCAGGAGCACAUACUGACCUGUCAAAGACAUCUGUCUGAUUCUGUUCCUCGGGUGGCUUUUGACAUGAUCUGGUACCUUCUGAAACCCGGAAUUGAUGUCUAUAUUCACGUUGACGGGUCUACACAUGCUGCAGUUGUGUUGGAUGUUAAGCCCAGUGGUAUAAGUCAGCUCGAUUCCUUGGGGGUCGGGAUUGAAAAGGGAUGGCUCGUCGAUCUAUGGCGGUUAGAGACCGAUGGCAACCGACUCCAACGAGCUUUGAUCUCCGUGAAAGUACACGCUUAUUCUGGGUUGCGAGAAGUCACAACUCUACCAGUGUGUCCGAUCUCUAUUUGGGACGCGUGGGACGGUGGAAAGCGACGUGAGCAGAUAUUACGCCGAAGCACAAUCUUCUUCAAGGCUCUCCGCCAAGGCAAUCUCCUGGCGGAGUACAACGGUCCAAUCAAACACGCCAGCCAAUAUUAUUCUGGAAAGUUGGUGAUAGACCACCGGAGAGGGCUUGCAGACUCUGACCACGAAGAGCCGAUGUCCUCUCUGCGCGAGAUAGAUGAUUCAAAUCGGUUUCAGGAGUACGAUGACAUUCUUGUCAAUAACGAUUGGUCUUUUCAUACUACCGAAGAAAUAAGACCACGCCCCCCAAGGCGUGUCAAUGAGCCCUACCUCAGACGGCCGGGUCCCUCAACAUGGACGGAAGGCCCUGCAUACCGUGCCAACAAGACACUUAAUGCCGAACCAAGUGGCCCUGUGGUUGGUGAGCUCACCGAGCAUCAACUACUUCUGCUAUGCCCAGAUGUACUGGCUUAUGCUCUGAGACACAAGGAAUGGAUCCUGAUCUCUCUUGACUACGUCCAAGAAUCUGUGCCGUCGAACGAGAGUCUCGACAACCUCGUUAUUGGCCACGACGAGCUGAAAACGAUCCAGGCUCUUUCAAACCGCCAAAAUAGCAAGACCAGGCAAUGGUCAGCGGACUUCAUCGAAGGGAAAGGUUCUGGGCAGAUUAUAUUGCUACAUGGACCCCCGGGGGUUGGCAAAACUUACACAGUCGAGGCUAUCUCUGAAUGGUUGCACCGGCCACUCCUUGCACUUACAGUCGCUGAUAUUGGCACGAGUGAGACUAUCGUCGAACGCGAGCUCGUGAAGUGGUUUAAUCUUGCGGAAGCCUGGAAUGCAGUGCUCCUCGUUGAUGAAGCAGAUAUCUUCCUGGAACGACGACAGAAUCGAGAUCUCGCCCGAAACGGACUAGUAUCAGCCUUCCUCCGCCGAAUGGAAUACUUCAAAGGCCUCCUCUUCCUCACCACAAACCGCGUCGGACAAAUUGAUGACGCCUUCAUCUCACGUGUCCAUAUCGCAAUCGACUACCAGCCCCUUGAUGAGGAAACGCGCCGGCAAGUCUGGAACGGCUUCUUCCGGAAGCUGGUGCGCGACCGCGCGGGUAAAAUCCAGAUUGCACCGGACGCGAAGUCCUGGGUUCUUGAAACCACGGGCGAGACACAGCUCAAUGGGCGGGAUAUUCGCAAUGCGCUACAGACAGCAAUCACGCUAGCGGAGUUUGAGAGCGACGAGGACCCGGACUAUGAUACCUCUCUUGUGACGAUUGUAACUAAGACCCAUUUCCAGCGGGUGCUGGAGAUGUGUAACCGGUUCCGGAAUUACGUGACGAGUAUUCGGAGGGAAGACGAGAAGAAACGCGCUCAAGGGCGAGGGGAUCGAAACGAUUAUGGCGGUGAGCUUGCUAAUGAGAUGGCGAUCUUGUAG